AGAGCGCACGUAUGAAAAUCCACUAUCAAAAUUGCUCUCACGCGCGGAAUAUUAACAUAUUGCUGAAAAAUGGCGGAUCCGAAAUAUGCCAACCUUCCUGGAAUCGACACCCAGCCAGAUCUAUAUGAGACGAGUGAUCUACCAGAAGAUGACCAACAGCGAGAAAUUGCGGAAUUAAGCAGUGAAUCCGUUGAAAAGUUGACCAUCAAUACUAAAGAGGCUUUCAACAAAUUCCAGGACAAGAAGAUUCUUGCUGGACAAGUUGAUUUUUCAGAUCGAAUUAGCCAGGCAAGACGCACAGGAUACAUUGCUGAUAAGAACGAGUAUGAAAUUUUGGAAGAUGGGUAUCAAGCCAGGGAGACACCAGUGCAGAGGUUUCAAAGAUUACAACAUGAAAUCAGAGAAUUAAGUCAAGAUGUAGAGAAACUACAGACAACAGCCAAGGAAGCAUCUUCGGGAGUAGGGGCAUCCCCAGCCGCUUUGAUGCAAGACAUUGGUGUGCUACAGCAGCAACUCUAUGGACUUCAUCUGGAGAAAAUCCUGGGGAACGAGUCUGUCAUAGAAGCUGCUGAUCCUCAAGGCUCACUUCCAAAGAAACUGUUCAACCAGCUGGAUGCUUUCAAGAAAGAAGCAAGCCAACCGUUGACCCCUCCUAAGAAGGGAACACAGGAGAGCAAAGAUGGGCAUGUCACAUAUGAACUCUACUAUAGACCUGAACAAAACAAGUUCAAUCAAGUAUCAAAGGGAGCUGAACUUGAGCAGAGAUUGAAUCGAUUGGAGGCCAUGCUUGGUCAAGAUCCACAAAAGCUUGCAUCACUGACGGCCGAUUCUAGUUCAAAGAGUCUUGUGGAAUCUGUGAGUCAACUUCAAGCCAAGGUAGCCAUCUUGGACAUUGGUCAAGUGGACCACAUUGAGGCCAGGAUCCAGGGUCUACUCCAGCGGCUGGACCAGGUCUCGGAAAAGAAGUCAGCUGUGGAAGAUGCAGGAAAGGAUAGCAAGAUAUCUGCACUGUAUGAAAUGGUUCAGAAAUGGGAUAGUAUAGCGGACACCUUACCUAAAGUAGUAGACAGACUUCAGGCGUUGAAAGAGCUACAUGAACAAGCUUUACAAUUCAGCCAAGCACUUAGUCAGUUAGACAUUGCCCAGCAGCAACUCACUUCCAGCAUGGGAAGCCAAGAUACAUCAAUCAAACAGCUGAAGGACUCCUUUGCCGCCAACCUAGCCGCCAUCCAGGCCAAUUGUGAAUCAUUAGAAAGUAGAAUGAAAGCCGUCAAAAAAUAGGAAUAUACUCAGAACUAAGCUGUUGAAUUAAGAGUAAUAAACUUCCACUUAAAAGAUAAUGCAUUCCCCCUGUAUUAUUGCUUAACUCCCAAUUUUGUCAUCCCCAUAACAUUUGAACAAGAACCACCUGGUUAUAAUCUAGAAUGGCUUGCUUAGUUUGCAGGCAUAAGCUAUUUCCUGUCGUCACAACAAUGUCUGACUUUAAGGCUCACGCUACCCAACUCACUAUAGGCCUUCACAUAUUGCUGCGCUUGUUGCAGCAAAAAAAUACAAAUUUAGGCUUAGGUCAAGGUCUUCAAUUGCAGCAUAUGCCCGCUGACUUUGGAAAGUAAAACUUAGAAUUGAUAAAUUGCUAUUUAAGCUUGCCAUUGU